CGUCCUCCUCCUUCGUUGCCUCUGCAAUAGAAUCGUUAAAUUUAAAAACUAGGGCUUUGAAGAAUUUUUCUAAUUUUAACCUAAAAUUAACAAGAAGAUGCUGGCGGGUUCGUACCCGAGUCAAAGGAUACUAUCAGAGUCGACCCACCACAGACUCAUCGAAGUCGUGAAAACAGCUCUCAUCAAAAUAUUCGUGUCGCCAUAUGCAACUGUGUGUGAAUUGUAUUGUGGGAAAGUAGCGGAUGAAGACAAGUGGGACGAUGCUCAAAUUGGUCACUACAUCGGCAUUGAUGUGGGCACGUCGGGCGUGGGAGAAGUAAGAGAAGCUUGGGAGAGUCAGCGCAAGUCUUACACUUCUGACUUCUUUGAGCUCGAGCCCUGCACUGAAGAUAUAAGCUUGCAUCUGCAGGACAAAGAGAUUCAGGCUGAUGUCAUUUGCUGCUUGCACCAUUUGCAGCUUUGCUUUGAGACAGAGGACAAAGCGAAGAGACUGUUGCAUAAUGUUUCAUCUUUGCUGAAACCAGGAGGUUAUUUUUUCGGUAUUACUCCUGACUCAUCUACUAUAUGCCGUCUGUGCAGGGCAAAGUACCAGAAAAAUGUAGAAGCAUACCACAACAAGAGCAGUGGAAUGAAGCCCAACAUUGUCCCUAACUGUAUCAGAUCAGAAAGCUAUAUGAUCACUUUUGAAGUCGAGGAAGAGAAGUUCCCAUUCUUUGGAAAAAAGUACCAGUUGAAGUUUGCGAAUGAAAUUUCUGCUGAAACCCAUUGCCUGGUUCAUUUUCCAAGCUUGAUUAGGUUGGCUAGAGAGGCUGGUCUUGAGUAUGUGGAGAUUCAAAACUUGACUGAUUUUUAUGAUGAUAACCGUGCCCAAUUUGCAGGCAUGCUGCAAGACUCAGGUCAUAAUUUUGUUGAUCCCCGGGGAAGACUUCUUCCCAGAUCAUAUGAUGUUUUAGGUCUAUUCACCACUUUCAUAUUUCAAAAGCCUGAUCCUGAUAUUGGUCCCCCUCUUAUGACCCCUGUAUUGGAAGAUGGGAGUCACAAUAAUGAUGAGGGAGAUUGGCUUGGAAAUGGUUGGGGAGAUGAUGACAAGAGUGUGCAGACUGAAACCUCCCAAGGAUUAGGCAAGAUAACUGAGCAGAAAGGAAUUCUAGGUCCUGGUCCAGCAGAGUUGCGCUUUGCUGAAGCCAUUUGAGCCAAUUUUAAUUGGAAAAGGUGCAGGUAUUACACGUUCAACGCAAGUUUGUAGUUGGCUGUUAAGAACUGGUAAGAGGAAGUAUGAUGACUGAAAAACUUGCAUUGAUGUUUCAUUUGGCCUAUCCGGAUCGUACAAAAUGAGAUGCUUUGCUGAGUUGUGCUGAGUGAAGUAGAUUUGUGAAGAGGAGUGCAAGCAACUAAUCACAUAUGAAUUUAGUUGUACGAUAGUCUUAUUUCUUCUCCGAAUGUCUUAUGUAAUAGAGGCAGAAUGCUUGCUCAUGGAUGGCUCAAAUAUAUUGCUGGUUUGAAGCUAUGUACAUGCUUCAUGACGAGAUAUUAGAUCAUGAUGGCUUGGACAAUUUUAAUCGUAUAGCAUUGCUGUAA